GGGAGCGAGGGAGCGAGGAGCGGCCGGGUGUGAGUGUGUGUGGGGGUGGGGGCGAGUGUGUGUGGGAGUGGGGGUGAGGGAGAUCCAGACAGACCGCGAGGCUGUGAGAAAGUGGGCGAGUGUGCGAGGGCGCCCGGCCUGGCUGCGGGAGCCGCGGCGGUGGAGGAGAAAGGAGGCGGCUCCCGGCAUCCCUCCCCCUCCCCCCCUCCUUCUCGGACUUCCAGCCCGCCCCGCAGCCCGCGGUUCCCUCGGAGGCCCCAGUCCGGUUCCGCUGGCAGAGAGCGAGGGAGGAGCCGCCCGAGCCAGAAAGAAUCUGCAUUCAGGAGGAAAUAAUCCAGGAGAAGGAAGACCAAGCAGAUCAAGAUGUGUAGCUCUGUGGCAGCCAAGUUGUGGUUUUUGACAGAUCGUCGAAUCAGGGAAGACUAUCCCCAAAAAGAGAUUUUACGAGCAUUAAAGACCAAAUGUUGUGAGGAGGAAUUGGACUUUAGAGCCGUGGUGAUGGAUGAGGUGGUACUGACAAUCGAGCAAGGAAACCUGGGUCUACGGAUCAAUGGAGAACUAAUUACUGCCUAUCCCCAAGUGGUGGUAGUGAGAGUACCAACCCCUUGGGUGCAAAGUGAUAGUGACAUCACUGUUUUGCGCCAUUUAGAGAAGAUGGGAUGCCGGUUGAUGAACCGACCUCAAGCCAUCCUGAACUGUGUUAAUAAGUUUUGGACUUUUCAAGAGUUGGCUGGCCAUGGUGUUCCUUUGCCGGAUACUUUCUCUUAUGGCGGUCAUGAAAAUUUUGCUAAAAUGAUUGACGAAGCAGAAGUACUGGAGUUCCCAAUGGUAGUGAAGAAUACUCGAGGUCAUAGAGGCAAAGCGGUUUUCUUGGCUCGAGAUAAGCACCAUUUGGCUGAUCUAAGCCAUCUUAUUCGCCAUGAAGCUCCAUACCUGUUCCAGAAGUAUGUUAAGGAGUCUCAUGGACGGGAUGUGCGUGUCAUUGUUGUGGGAGGCCGUGUGGUUGGCACCAUGUUACGUUGUUCAACAGAUGGAAGGAUGCAGAGCAACUGCUCACUAGGUGGUGUGGGGAUGAUGUGCUCCUUGAGUGAACAAGGGAAGCAGCUAGCUAUCCAGGUGUCUAAUAUCCUGGGGAUGGAUGUGUGUGGCAUUGACCUAUUGAUGAAAGAUGACGGCUCCUUCUGUGUCUGCGAGGCCAAUGCAAAUGUAGGUUUCAUCGCCUUUGAUAAGGCUUGUAAUCUAGAUGUAGCUGGUAUCAUAGCGGACUAUGCCGCCUCCCUCCUGCCCUCUGGCCGGCUCACCCGGCGUAUGUCCCUGCUCUCCGUGGUGUCCACGGCCAGUGAGACUAGUGAGCCGGAGCUGGGUCCCCCAGCCAGCACUGCUGUCGACAACAUGAGCGCAAGUUCCAGCUCUGUUGACAGCGACCCUGAAAGCACGGAGCGAGAGCUACUGACCAAGCUCCCGGGGGGCCUAUUCAACAUGAACCAGCUGAUAGCCAAUGAAAUCAAACUCCUGGUGGAGUGACUCCACCAGUAAAUAAUUAACCAACAAAACCCUUGUAAAACUCACUUUCUUUUUCUUCUUUUUUUUCUUUCUUUCUCUUUUUUUUUAAACCAACUUGCAAUGCUGUUCAUGGAAGGGUACUCAGGAAGAUGAGAGAAAAUUGAGUAGAAUUAGGAGAGAAGAAAGGGAGAUAGACUAGACCUCUGCUAUUAAGAUGUUACUGACUUUAAUUUACAGAUAGAAUGGCAGAAGAGGUGAAAUACAGAAAAAUGUCAGGCUCUUAUGUUACCCUUUAAAAUUACUCAGUGUGUAUGCUCUCAGGUCAUGAAGAACACACAACUUUUUUUCAUGGCCCCUUGCUUUUGCUUUUGUACAGUUGCUACAGAUUUUGUCGUAGCGUUACUUCACAUUUCAUUGCAAAGAUUUGUAAUGAGAGGAAAACAUCUACCUAAAUUAUAGGAAUUUUUACAUACAACUCUGAAAAUUCUGCCUUUACCAUAUUAACUAGCAACUUUAUGUUCAUAGUUUAUGAGGUCUUGAGGAGCUCUUUUACUGGGAUUUAUUAUUUCUCUUUUUUGGUUUUCCUUUAAUUUGGGUGGGAGGGCAAUAUUAAUAUGACCCAAUAAAGGUUUCUUAAUGACA